AUGGCCAGCAUCAUGGAGUGCCUAGAGGAUGAGGACCGCGAGCCGUUGCUCCCACAGUACCUCGAUGACACGGUGCUGCAGAGGGAGCUUCACCAGAAACUCCAUACCUAUCAGAUGCUGCGUGCGCUCACACAGGGCUCCAUGCCAUCAAAUGAGCAGGCCAUCAUCAAUCUGAGGACUCUGCUAGCCUCAGAUGUUCUCAACGUGGACAACGCCGAGCUCAGUGACUCGGGCAGAGCCCUCAUACACUACACCAAGCUGUGGCUCAAGCAGUUUAUGGAUCUGUUACAACACAAGAACGGGAAUGACCAGAUCCAAGACUUCAUUUGGUAUUUGACCAAGGCACGCGUGUCUGUCGACAUGGAGGAUAUUGUACAUAGAACUUCCAAGGCGACUUCGAAGGCGCAGACAGCUGCUGCCUAUCAGAGCCUUCAGACAGUCGGCUCCCUCUUAUUGACAAACUCGGAUUUCCGCCUCUUUCUGGCCGAUCUCAGUACUAUUGGGAGGGAAGUCUUCCGGGACACGGCUUUCACUCUCUCUGAAGUAUCUCAGCAGGCUGCCCACCGCCUGGAGCCUUCCAAGCAGCAGCAACAGGCCCUGAGAGAGCCAGGUACUGAUGGAGAGACUGUCCCGAGCGCGGGUGAGCUCGGAGGAGACGUGACAGAUGUCGCCAAAGUCGUGGUCGAGGGUGCUGCUGAAGUGGCCCAGGAGGCCGAGCACAGCUUCGUCGAAAAAAUCACAGGAGACGAGAAGACGACCCUCCUCUACCGUCUCAAGGAGGCAGUGACAAAGCUCAGGAAGCGACAAGAUUACUCUGAAUCUGUGUCGACGAUAGCGAAACUAUUGCAGCGCUAUGCUCUUGUGUAUUCACAUGUCGUUCAAGAGACGGCAUCUGUAGCAGAGCGUGACAUCGACACGAAUUCGGAGAUGGAUAAGGCAGUCAAGAACUUUUGGGCGUUCGUCAAGUCCUUUGGGGAUUCUGCCGAGUGGCAGGAGCUGGAGCGCAGAUUCAACCAGGUGCUCGAUCAUGGCAAGAUUGACCCUCAGUUUGACAAGCUGGUUCAGCAAGCCGGAAAUGCCUUACAAGAGAUGUUGACCGAUCCUGGGUUUUUCGAACACGCGGAACAGAGGUUCCAGGACCUAAGGGCACAGUCAAGCCAGCUUGCUUCCGACUCGUCACUCCGCGACGACAUUGACGGCCUGCUCGCUAAACUGCAGUCUACGAUCAAGUCUGUCCUCCGCGACGUUGAUAUUUCUAAGCUGAUGCAAACAUCGACCUACAUAGCCAAGAUCCUAUCUCCGGCACAUCAGUAUACAAACACCGAGCUGGUGACCGACGCCAUGCACCAUUUCAUCCCGAAACUGAUCGAGUCGAUCCAGUACGUGCCAAUACCAAGGGUCGAGGUCUCCACCCCCGAGGUCGACCUUCUUCUCGAAAACAUCAUUCUGGAGCCUGGCGUCACCAUCAACAGCACGUCUUUCCUCCCGUACCGUCUCCGAGUUGAAACCCGCAACGAUCUCGAAAUCCGCAAAGCGCGAACGAGGACGACCUCCAGCCUUGAGUCCCUCGUUACUGUCAAGGUCGAUGGCAUGUCCAUCCGUGCCCAAGAGAUAGGCUACUGGAUACGCGCACACUCGGGGUUGCUUCAGCUUGCUGAUGAAGGCAUUGCUUCAUUCGAGCUAGACGAGAGGGGCAUCGACGUCGAGAUAGACAUCGAGGUCGCAAAAGAACGGAUGGAGAGCAUUAUUUCUCUCAAGGCCGUCCGCGUUCACAUUCACAAGCUCGACUACACCUUGCGCAAGUCCAAAUUCGCACUCGCCGCCACUUUAUUCAAACCCAUGAUCAUACCUAUGGUUCGAUCAGCUAUCGAAUCACAAAUGUCCACCGCCAUAGCUGAUCUGGUCCACUUUGCGAAUAGGGAGCUGCUGUACGCACGGGAGAGGCUGCGGGCCACGCGUAUCGCCGAUCCGGAUGACCUCUGGACCUUUAUCAAGGCUGUGUCGGCUCGCCUGGUACCAGAAGAGGAUCCAGACCUCUACACACGAGUGGGCAUCACCGCGCCCGGCAGCGGGGUGUUCAAAGGAGUCUACGCUCCCGGAAGCAUUGUCAAGGUCUGGAAUGAGGAAGCCAUCCAGGCGAUGCAGAGGAUUCGGGAAGGAGAGGACGUCGGGUGGAGAAAUGACAUUUUUGAUGUCGUAACGAGUCAUCUGUGAUCACGAACACGUUUGUUUAGGGAGCCCGUAUACCUGUGCUGUGGCUGUUGGGGGUGGAUUUCUUUUUUGUGGGCCUCACUGCAUAAUGAAGGCCAGAUGAUAGCAUAGGGUUCAAGGGGAGGACAAAACAUAGGCAGGUCAUAAUCAGUACCCUUUCACUCUC